AGGCGAUCCCUCGUUCGCUCGCUCUCUCGCUCUCUCUCUGUGGCGUGCGCUCCUUCCAGACGGGGGACACAUCACUGCGCUGAGUUGGACUACACUGGACACUGAGCUGCUGCAGUCUACUCUCUGUCUGAAUCCCCUUUAUCUCCUAAACUACUACCACUAGUAGUUUGCUCUUGAGAUCGGACAGCCGGAAUCUGAACAGUCUGUUUUUGUCACUGUUCUGCCUCUGAAAGCCACAGUGGAUACUGUGGACAUACUGGACACUGAGCUGCAGCAGACCACCUCUCUUUUCUGCACUGCCGGACAGUUUGCCACGCAGUAUCAAACUCAUAGUUUAACUGCUAGCAGUUUGUUCUCUUUCAUCCUGUGCUUCUGGGGGAGGGAGGCAAAGACUUGAGACAGGAUGCUAACUGCUGGUUGACAAGCCGACUCGGAAAGAUCUUCCUCCCUGUUGUCAACUUUUUCGUCUCCUUCAGUGGGUUCCUCAAGCUCGUUUGAGUGCUUAUUUUCCGUCCGAGUCGAGUCUAAGCUGCCCUACGGGGCCAUCAUCAUUGGGUCACCACCAUGCAGGUGUCGUUAGUGUGCUCGGACAACCACCGUGGCGGUGGCGUGACACGCACCACGGAGGAGCGUCUGAACCAACGGAACUCCAACAGCCCCAGUCUGGGCACCAAGAACAAGUUCCGCGCUGUGGCCAUGGUGGCCCGCAGCCUGGGACAGCUGUCCAUCAACAUUCCCUCGUCCAGCGACCAAAGCAUGCGCACUGGCAUGAAGUAUAGAAACCUGGGCAAGUCUGGAUUGAGGGUGUCCUGCCUGGGAUUAGGCACGUGGGUUACCUUCGGAGGACAGAUCACAGAUGAGAUGGCGGAAGAAAUAAUGACAUUGGCCUAUGAGAACGGGAUCAAUCUGUUUGACACAGCGGAGGUCUACGCUGCAGGGAAGGCAGAGGUCGUAUUGGGAAACAUCAUCAAGAAGAAAGGUUGGAGGCGCUCUACUUUGGUCAUCACCACCAAGAUAUUCUGGGGAGGAAAAGCAGAAACAGAAAGAGGGUUGUCCAGAAAACAUAUAAUUGAAGGACUAAGGGCAUCGCUAGACCGACUGCAGCUAGAGUAUGUGGAUGUCGUUUUCGCAAACAGACCAGACCCCAACACACCUAUGGAAGGAGACCCAUUUCACACCUCAAAGUCCAAGACAUUCAUCAUAGAAGAGACGGUGCGGGCAAUGACCCAUGUGAUCAACCAGGGUAUGGCCAUGUACUGGGGAACGUCGCGCUGGAGCUCCAUGGAGAUCAUGGAGGCGUACUCAGUGGCCAGGCAGUUCAACCUGAUACCCCCUAUAUGUGAGCAGGCUGAGUACCACAUGUUCCAGAGGGAGAAGGUGGAGGUGCAGCUUCCCGAGCUCUUCCACAAAAUAGGUGUGGGUGCCAUGACGUGGUCUCCGCUGGCGUGUGGGAUCAUCUCAGGGAAGUACGAUAGUGGGGUACCCCCGUACUCACGGGCCUCACUAAAGGGCUACCAGUGGAUGAAGGACAAGAUCCUGAGUGAGGAGGGGCGCCGUCAGCAGGCGAAGCUGAAAGAGCUGCAGGCCAUUGCCGAGCGACUGGGCUGCACCCUGCCCCAGCUCGCCAUCGCAUGGUGCCUGAGGAAUGAAGGGGUGAGCUCUGUGCUACUGGGGGCCUCCAGCACAGACCAACUGAUGGAGAAUCUAGCAGCAAUACAGGUUCUUCCAAAGUUGUCGUCCUCCAUCGUUCAUGAGAUGGAUAGUAUCCUAGGCAACAAGCCCUAUAGUAAAAAGGACUACAGAUCCUAGAGGCUGCCUGAGGAACAUUGUUGGGCGGAUGUCAGCAUCUUCCUUCUUCCUCGUCUGCGACCAGCUUCAGUUGAACAAGACACCAGGCACCAUGGGAAAUAUAUAGCCAUUGAACCACUUGGGAAAGUCAAUCAGAGUAUCUAAAUAUAUAUAUAUAUAUCUUUCUCCCAACCCAAAGAUUUUAGAGGAGACUUGGAGACAUUUCCCAUCCGAGGAAUUGUAUUCACCAUUCACAGUCCUUAAAAGCACUUCGUUCAUAAACUAUUUAUUCUAUAACAGAUUCUUGAUUGAAAAGGUUCAGAAUCCAGAACACCUUUGAAAAGGUUUUUGUCUUGUAUAGGUCCCAUAAAAUAAAUUGAUCCAGCACUCCAUUAAAGAUGCACUGUGCAAAAUCACAAAAAUUCAAAUAGUUCGCUUAAUUUCUGUAUAUAUGACAAAACAAGCAAGUGUAGUGCAGAGAAUCACUGUAACAUCUAAACCACUGUGAAAUAUCCACAAUAUUUUCAGCUGUUUGAAGCUAGUGUGCAAAACUGAAAGUAAGACACAA